UUUGAGUAUUUUGCAGUAUUUGCAUGUGGCUUCAUCCUCUCUUUUUUGCUGUAUUGGUAUUCUUUCCUAGUACUACACAGCCACUAAUUUGUCUUUAUCCUUAAACUACUUUUGUCACAAUAAAAGUGUGAUUCAAAUAUUACUCAUACUCAAUAACACAACAAUGUCACCAAAGAUAGAGAAAACUGGGGAGAUGAAAAGGAAGAACUUGAAUGAAGCUGAAAAUGUUUCUCAUACUGAACCAACCAACCUUAACAACCAGUCAGAUCCUUUGGAUUGCUCUCCUUCUGUCAGAAAGAAAUUAAAUCCGAAUUGCAAUAGCCGCCGCAUUUUGAGAUCUUCUAAAAAGCGGGUUGAAACUGAAAAAACAUUGCCAGGACGUUUAGAGCCUCAUAUGUCUCCAGCUAAAAUUGUUGAAAAUUCAGCAGUAGGUGGACCAGAAGUAAUUGAGGAAAAAGAUGAAUGUUCAUCCUUAUCCCUUAGUCUCAAACUAAGUGACUUGGUUGCCAUGGUGGGAGAUGAUGAUGAUGAUGAUGACGAUUCGGAAACACAAAGUCGGUAUGAAGACAAUGUUAAUGCAUAUCAAGUGAAGCCGGAGUAUAUGGAGAUAUUAAGAAAAAUCAUCGACAAGCAUGGAGAUAUUGCUAAGAAUUGUCAGGCAAAAUCAGUGAAAUUUCGUUCGAUGAUGUUGGAGAUAAUCUGUGAAGUCAUAUCAGCAUUGGACAAGAAAGAUGUCACAAACUUGAAAGGAGUGAAAAAGAUGAUCGGUCAAAUCGAUGAUGUAAAAGAGAUGAAGGUGGAGGUUGAGUGGCUUCACACGAGGCUCACUGAGAUACUUGAGGCAAGGCAGGUUUUUAAGCAAUGUGGCAAGCUGAAAGAGAAAAUAGACAACAUUACGGGGUUUACUGAAAUUGCUGAGAGUGAAUUGAAAGAGUGCGAAGAUGAGAAGAAGAAAUUGUGGCUGAAGCUUAAGGAAAUAUGUGAUAUAGAGGCCGAUUGGAAAAAGAGAUUGGCUAGAAUGCAAGAAGAGUCCAUCAUGGCAUCUCAAAGUGUCAAAGAUGCCAUGUCUAAAGUUAAACGAUUUUAUAAGCGCUCCCUGAUCGAUGAUUUGCUCUAGUAUGAUGCAAUUUCAUCUCCCUUUUUAUGUUUUCUUCAUAUCAGUGGUUUUAGGAUUGGUUGUGUUUAAACUGUUUUAAUUUUAAGACUGUUGUUUCCUAACUCAAGCAUGACAAAAACAAUUACAAGUGGAAUUUCGUAACAAAUGUGUAAGGUUAUAUCCAAUUAUAAAUUUAUGCAUGGUGAUUUGAAUUUCCAUUUGAAUGUGCCUUAUAGAUUUGGUUAUUUGAUGAGCUGAUUGAUGAUAAAAGAUGU